AUGCGCUCUGGGAAGGACAACCUAGAACCGCUCGAUUUAGAACUUGAGAGAACUCGUAGGAAAAUAAGAAGUGAAAAAGGAUCAGGAACAAUGGGUGACCGAACGGACAUCGAAAAACUGCAGGAAAUGGUGAAGCUACUGAUGGAUGAAAGAGAUGCGGAAAGGGCGGCCCGAGAGGCUCUGGAAAAGAAGAAUCAGGAGAUACAACCCGUGAUGAACAUGUUCAAUCAUGGGAAUAUGAUUACCUUUCCCGAAGGACCUCGUAUUGACGCUAAUAAUUUCGAGUUACGCAUGCCCCUUAUUCAAAGGGUCGAGCAAACUCCUUUUGCAGGUAGGGCUACAGAGGAUGCUAACCGCCAUCUCUCCAAAUUUGUGGAGAUCGCAAACACUCUCAAGCUGAACGGUGUCGACGAUGAUGCCAUAAGGGUAAGACUCUUCCCCUUUUCAUUAACUGAUUCUGCUAAAGAGUGGUUUGAAUGUAUGCCCAGAGAAAAGGUCUCCACAUGGAAGGAUAUUGUAGCUUCCUUCCUCGACAAGUAUUAUCCGCCGGGCACAAUUUUGAAGCUCAAAAGCGAGAUCUUCCAAUUCAUCCAAGGCCAGGACGAACCCCUCUAUGAGGCCUUUGCUCAUUUCAAAGUCCUUCUCCGAAAGUGCCCUAACCAUGGUUUCACUGUGGACCACCAGGUACGGAUUCUCUAUAAUGGGUUUAACGAGAAAAUUUGUGCUAUGCUUGAUUCAGGUGCAAAUGGAGGGUUCUUAAGGAAGUCAGGUGAGGAAGCCAUGGCAGUGAUAGAAGAAUUCGCCACCAACAGCAAGGGGUGGUCAAAAGAAAAGCAUAGCUCCUUUGCAAAGGAAUUGGCCGAGCUUCGAGUUAGGGUGGACCAAAUGGAUUCAUCAAGGAAGAAGGACCCGAUUCCACCAACCUCCAUUAUAGCAGUCUCUAAGCCUGAAACUCCUACCCCGACAGUGGAAGAAAUCAACUACAUGCAAGGAGGCGGCCCCAAUAGAAAUUACAACAACAACUAUCGCCCUAACCAGGGGGCGGGAGGAGUAGUUGAGACACUGAAGAAGGAAGAAAAGUAUGAACAAGGGAUCACAAGGAUCUUGGAGGUAAUCGCGCAAGACAGGAAGGUUAAUGACACCAAGAUCGGAGUGGUUGAAGCCAGAAUAAACAACCUCGAGCAGGGAAUGAACACGAUCUCGACUGCCAUAACCAACAUCAACACGCAGAUGGAGCAAAUCCAAAAGAAGUUAGAUGAGGACAGGGCAAAGGCAGCCGCACUAGUGGACGACAUCAACAAAAAGUGGGUGGCAAAGCAGAAAACUGGGGACUGCCCAGACGCCGGCGAACCGCCGUACACCACGCGGCUGACCGCUAACGAAGCCCAGAAUGGAGUCUGCCCAGCCGCCGGCGGACCGCCGCACACUACGCGGCGGGCCGCCACAGAGAAGGCAGAAGCACCCGCUCAGCAAGGACUCGUGCGGCAUAAUGGGAUUGUGCUACCUUUCCAGCCAAAGAGGAAGUUUAAGCUCGAAGAGCAGUUCAAACAUUUUUUGAACAUGUUUUGUAAAGUUCAUACUAACAUUCCCCUAGUUGAAUCGUUGCAGGAAAUACCCAAAUAUGCGAAGCUACUAAAGGAGGCAGAGAAGGCAGUGAAGCAGAGAGAUCUGGGCCAAUUCAUUAUCCGAUGCUGGAUUGGAGAGGGAAAGGUUGACAAGGCCCUAUGUGAUCUAGGAUCCUCCAUCAAUCUCAUGCCGCUGGUGUACUACGAAAAGCUCAACAUUGGGCCACUCAAAACUUCAGACGUAACACUCAGGUUGGCCGAUAACUCGACCAUAACUUUUUGUAUGAUUGAGGAUGUCUUAGUGAAAAUAGAUGAUUUCAUUUUUUUCACCGAUUUUAUUGUGCUUGACAUGAAAUUAGACAAGAAUGUCCCUCUAAUCUUAGGGAGAGAUUUUCUCGCUACCUGCAAAGCUUUGAUUGAUGUAGGUCAUGGCGAGAUCACAAUUAGUGACAACCAUAGCCAAUCCACCUAUAAGAUCGAAAACGGGAUGCUCAAGUUUGAAGAAGCAAAGCAGGCUAAGAUGGAACGAUAG